GCAGUUUGAUUGGACGAGACAUUGUUGACGAUAGAAACCGGAAGGAAUGCUAACCUUGACAGGCCAGUUAAACUCAUGUGCUGCUGGUUUGAAGGGAAAGACUCUUAAAAUGCAACAUUUCAGUCACUUUAAUGGAUAACAUGAACCAGGACUACUCUAAGGACUUCCGGUGUUUUCCCGAUAGUAAUUACGUAUCUCUGCUUGUAUGUUUUAUAUGCGAAAACUCAACAUUUUAGCGAGCUAAAUUAACUCACAACAUUGUUAUUGCAGUCUGUGGACUGAGUAUCGGUCAGUGGUCUUCAUGCAUGCUUUACAAAGAUGAGAACUUCUUUAUUGUUUGUCACAAGAAGCUGUGCGGCUGUUCACAGACUGCAGCAAAGCCCGUUUUUCUCACCAGUUUCAGCUUUAUGGAGACACAUCAGCUCUCAGUCCUGCAGAGACGACAGAAGGAGUUUCUACGUCACCACUCCUAUCUUCUAUGUGAACGCUUCUCCUCAUCUAGGACAUUUAUAUUCAGCUGUGAUAGCUGACUGCUUACACAGAUAUAAACUACUUCAAGGCUUCAACUCACAGUUUGCAACAGGCACAGAUGAACAUGGCUUGAAAAUCCAACAAGCUGCUGAAGCUGCAGGAAAAGACCCUCUGACCUUCUGCACCGACGUGUCUGAGAGAUUCAAACAUCUCUUCAACAGCUGCAACAUUUCAUACACAGACUACAUCAGAACCACUGAGCAGAGACACCGUCAGGCCGUGAAGCAUUUCUGGUCGGUGCUCUGGAACAAAGGGCUCAUCUACAAGGGCAGUUAUGAAGGCUGGUACUCCACGCAGGAUGAAAGCUUCCUCACAGAGUCACAGGUGGCCAGUGCUUUGGACUCAUCGGGGAAGGAGAUCAAGGUCUCGCUGGAGAGUGGCCACAAGGUGGAGUGGAUGAAAGAAGAGAACUACAUGUUCCGUCUGUCUGCGUUCCGGUCUCAGCUGCUGGACUGGCUCAGAGAGAGUCCUCGGGCCGUGCAGCCGGAGCGUUUCCACCGGGACGCCCUCCUCUGGCUGCAGGAGGACCUCCCUGACCUGUCGGUGUCCCGCCAGCGAAGCCGCCUCCAGUGGGGCAUCCCGGUCCCGGGUGAUCCAGAACAAACCAUCUAUGUGUGGCUAGAUGCUCUGGUGAACUACCUCACAGUCGCCGGCUACCCAGAUAAACACGAGCAGCGGUGGAACGUGGCGCACCACAUCGUUGGGAAGGACAUCAUGAAGUUUCACGCCAUCUACUGGCCCGCUUUUCUCCUCGGGGCUGGUCUGCCGCUGCCUCAGACCAUCUAUGUUCACUCUCACUGGACAGUCGGAGGAAAGAAGAUGUCUAAAAGUCUGGGUAACGUGGUGGAUCCUCUUGAAUGCUCAAAGACGUUCACAACUGACGGUUUGAGGUACUUCCUCCUGCGUCAGGGCGUCCCAGACUCAGACUGCGACUACACAGACGACAAAGUUUUCAAGCUGCUCAACGCGGAGCUGGCCGACUCUCUGGGGGGUCUGCUGAACCGCUGCACUGCUCCGGCUCUGAACCCAGAUCAGGUCUACCCCUCUUUCUACCCUCAGUCCUUCCACAGUGAGCAGGGAGGCAGGGCUGUGGCUGAAGACUACCACAUGGUGGAGGCAGUGAAAAGCCUCCCAGCGGUGGUGCAGCAGCACUAUGAGAGCAUGCAUGUGUACAAAGCUCUGGAGGCCAUCAGCGCCUGCGUGAGGCAGACCAACGGGUUCGUUCAGCGCCACGCACCGUGGAAGCUGGAUAAGAGGGACAGUAGAGACCAGCAGUGGCUGCACACCAUCGUUCAUGUCACCUUUGAAUGUCUGAGGGUUUACGGCACGCUGCUGCAGCCGGUAGUACCAGGGAUCUCCAACAAGCUGCUGUCCAGAAUCUCGGUGAAACCAGACGAGAGGAGCUGGGAGCAUGCUAACUUCCUGCCAAGGUUUCAGGGACUGGACUGUCCGUUUGAAGGGCGAGAGCUGGGAUCGGACUCUGGAGUGCUUUUCAGUCGCUUGGAACGUCAGAAUAUUGAUAAACAAAAACCAAAGAAGGCAAAAAAGUUGAAAUAAGGAAUUGUUUAUGUGCCCUGAUUAAUCAAUAAAGAUAUAAAACAUCUGUGGCUGUUUUCUCU